CACCUCCACUGCUCUCUCUCUCUCUCUCUCUUCUCUUCUCUUCUCUUCCUUCUAUUAUUUUUUCCCCACUCUCCGUUGUUUUUUUUUUUGUGUGUGUGUGUGGGUGUGUUGGUUUCUUCUUCUCAGAAAAAAAAAAUGGGCAACUUCGAUCGAUCCAAGAAGAGGAUCCAGGUAUGGAAGAAGGCCCUGCUCCACUUCUCCCUCUGCUUCGUGAUGGGCUUCUUCACCGGCUUCGCCCCCCCGAGCACCGCCUCCCUUUUCUCCGGCGAGCUCGUCUCCUACCAACACAUAAAGAACUUGGGCAUCUCGGCCAACCCCGUCAAGGGCUCGGAGAAGCCAGUCGAGCCUGCGGGCCUCAACCGAAGCCUCAUGGCCGAGAUCUCGACGGAAAACCAGACCGCCACCAAAGACCUCACCGAGGCAGAUCCCAAGGAAGGAGGCGUUGACCCGGAGUCAACUCGUCGAAAACUUCUCAUCGUCAUCACCACGACUCGGUCCAACGACCGGUUCCGAGAGGCUUUCCUGACGAGGUUGGCUCAGACCUUGAGGUUGGUCCCUCCGCCGCUCCUCUGGAUCGUCGUGGAGGCUCACGGCGAUGCUCCCAAGACCGCCGAGAUGCUGCGGAAGACCGGAAUCAUGUACAGGCAUUUGACUUUCGAGGAGAAUUUCACCGACCCCGAGGCAGAGGAUCAUCACCAGAGGAAUGUGGCGUUGAGUCACAUCGAGCACCAUCGACUCACCGGACUUGUGCACUUCGCCGGAAUCUCCAACAUCUACGACCUCCAACUUUUUGAGCAGAUCAGAGGGAUCGAGGUUUUCGGGACAUGGCCAGUGGCGAUGGUGUCGGCAAACAGGAAGAGGGUAAUGGUGGAAGGACCUUCUUGUAGGUCAUCAAAGGUUGUGGGGCCGCCCAUGGAGGACUCGAGCUAUGGCACUACAAAUGAUGGGACUAAUACUGAUCCGAACAGUGUUGGGAUAGCCUCAAAAGCAGCGAGGAUUAACAUCUCAGGCUUUGCAUUCAAUAGUUCAAUACUGUGGGAUCCCGAGCGAUGGGGUCGUCCAACCUCCGUACCCGACACAUCACAGGACUCCUUCAAGUUUGUCCAAGAGGUGAUUGUAGAGGACGAGAGCAAGCUGAAAUGUAUUCCUCCUGAGAGCUCCAAGAUCAUGCUGUGGCACCUCCACAUACCAAGAGUCAUCCCUCUCCUGUUCCGCCAGAACCAAAACAGGAGGUAGAAACAGAGAGAAAGAGAAUCCAAAGAGGGGUUGUAUUAUAGGCGAAGAGUCUGCUGUUAAAUCUCUAAUUUUUCUGUUCCUUUUGGUGGGGGAAUCCGUCAUCUCCCAUGCAAUAUUAUUUAUUAUUCGCAUUCUUUCACUCUUA